UAUUUCACUGGGAAAGUAACGUAGCAUUUUAGCAAGUCGUUCUGCAGAUUAUGGUAGGCUAUUAGGCAUAAUGUUUUAGUGGAGAAGCGAAAAUAAUUGAGAUAUAGGCUAGGCUACAGACUUUUAAGACCAUUAUUAUUCCGCACAUUUUAAAGCAAGGCAUGAUAUAAACAUUGUCAUUGUGACACUUUUUGAUGUGAUUUUCAAUAUAGUUUGUUGUUUUAUUUGCUGUGCCAUUUAAAAUAUUUUUUUAAAAGUUAAAACAUAAUUCUGUUUUGGUGUUAUUCAUUCUUGCACAUCAAUUGGUAUUCCAUGACUGCUCUUUUGGAAUGGCAGAAGUCCGAUAUUCAGGGUUAGUUAAUCCUUUUAAAUGGGCAGGUUACUAUAAUUUGUUGUGACAUUUUGAAAGACUAACAUAUUUUCAAUUAAUCUGUGUUAUGUGUUUUAGUGGGAUUCAACCAGGUGAAUGUGCUCACUUAAAACCACCACUGGUUUCAAAUUGUAUUUUAUUUGUUAUUCUACCUUUCAAAGCAUACCACGACACAUUACAAGCAUUCUCCCAGAGCAAAUACUUUUUAGUAUGUAUUUUAGAUUCAAUUCUCGAAAUGAGAAGUGGUACUAGAUGUUGUAGUGGCAAGAUGUAACAUUGUUUCCUGGAUUAUGUUCAGUAAGAGAAUACCAUACAGAACUCCCAUUACUUAAAGAAGACAUAGUUGACAAUACUUCUGAACUACACUAGCACCCCUAUGUGGUGAAAUGUGGAAUUCCUCCGUAAAUUACAGAGCUGCUGAAAUAACUGCAGCGCGUGUGCAGACCCUAGAAUGCACAUUUCAUGAGAAACAGAACAAUGAAAUUCACAUAUCACCACUCGGUACGGAUGCCUUGCACAGUGCAGCAACAUGUCUUGCUUUAUAGUUUCCCGCUUCUAAUUUAAUUCCCCUGUAAAUCCAUUCAAAUUUGUAGACUACAGUGCUGAGUAAAAAUAUUUAUAUUCUUCUGCGUAAAUAUGAACUUAUCUGCUUAUUUAUAACCCAUGUCGGUGUAGAUAAUGGCCUAUGUGUGAAAUUAGAAUUCAACCUGAACCUGUUUGGCUGUGAGGAUGCAAGAUACAAAAUAUUUCAGAUAUCAUGACCUUGUGGAGCCAUUUUAUUGUAAGGUUUUAGGGUAGCUAGCUGUGCAAAGUGCAGGUGCACGAAAGGAACCGAUACAGUUACUAAUUGCAAUGAUAAUGCAAAAAAAGUUUAUUGGUCAAAGGUUACACUGUCCAGAAAAGUUUAUCAAAACCAAGUUACACUCAAGAGGUGGGUCUCAAAUCAACUCAUUCAAAAUUUUGGGACAGUUUCACAAUUAUAACUAGUAGGUAUGGAGGGAGAUGCCAUAUCUGUAUUUGUUCAACAAAAAAAAAAAAUUGUAUUUGUAUUCUGAUAAAACCGGAAGUAGGGGUGGUGUAAACCGGAAGUGCAGGAACAAAUAAGGUAUUUGCAGGUACAUGCAGGCUGCUUUUUUAAAGGACGAUGUGUCAAAAUGUAGGGUAGGCAAUGUCCAUACGGCUGCCAUGUAAUCCGAGCCCUGGUGAGUAUUACGUUUAAAUUAUGUAAGGGUAAAAAAAAAAGUAUUAUAUGCAGUAAUAAAAUAAAAUUAUAUGUAUUGUGUAAUCAAGUAAAUAUCACAUUUAGUUGAUUGUACUAAGUGCAUUAUGUACUUUUUCAUUUUUGCUCAACAUCAUAAUUUCAUGCUGCAAUUUCAAAAUGUGUUCUUUACUUGGAUGUUACAAAAUGAUUGUGUGGCACAAAUGGUAAAUAUCACUGAGGAUUUCUCACUGUUCCCCUUGUGUGAAAUACUCAUGUGUUAAAGAGAAACAAAAUGUAUUCUUCUUUAUGAAUAAUAUGGCAGCAUUCUGCCAAGACUGCCAUCCACUUCCACUGAAUGUGGAACCAUUACUAUUCAGUGAAACUAUUACUUGCUCCCUUUGUGUGUAUAUUAAUAUAAUGUUGAUUAAAUGACACCACAUUUCACUCACAUUAUGUUGUCCAUAGGAAGUUUGAAAGUCUUUUUCCUUUUAAAAAAAAUAAGAAUUUAGAUGUCAAGGAGUGAUGCAUAGCUCCACAUAACGGUAAAUAUGGCUGAAUAUAGCUCUGAACACCGAAACCCAGACAAAACAUAAUGUAUAUGCAUUUAUACUGAUUUAUUGUAUUUACAGAUUAUGGCAUGAACAUCUAAUUAAUACUUAGUAUAUACUUGAUAUAACUGACCUAAAAUUUCAGGAAUAAAAAAGAAAUGAAAUAAUUAGUUGUAAUUAAAUAAACAGCUUAUGUUGAGGUUUUAUUCAUUCAUCUCACACCCUAUAUGAAACUGACCGCUUGCAGUGUUGCCAAUAGUGGAAAUAAGCUUAUGCGCACAUCCAAUUACAGAGCUCACUGGUUUUCCCUCCACUUUAGUCUCUUCCCUCUACAAUGUCCGAGGGAGGAUACGAUUUAAAAGUAACCACGCCUGCCGUUCCAUUUCGGCCAGUCAGUUGGUGGAACGUAGGUGCUGCAAACACACCUUCCUUUGUUGUAAACCAAUGGGACAAAAAACGUGGUAUCCUGCCUGGAGGGCAGGCCCCACUCCAGUUAGCCACGCGUCACCGAACUGCUGCAAAUGCGUUCACAAAUGGCACUUUCGGUCAGAGCUUUCAGUUCUACACAUCUCAUUUUGUGUAGUAGUUAGUAUGGAAAGGAGAAAACAAUGGCUUACCAUAUUGAAAAAUGAACUUAGCGACAGCCCUCUGGUCUCGAAUGCGGCUUUUAGCUUCAUCCUUAUGGGACUGGAGAAGCUCGUGGAGCUGGAGUUUGAGUGCCCCUGCAAUCCUAAAUGGAAUGCUUUGUUUUCAUCCGCCUUCUUCGUCAUCCCAGCUGUCAUGGCUAUUACUCUCAUGGUCAUAAUACAAGGAUGCCAGAACUACAUGCGGAUAUCCAGCUUGGUUCCUGCGCUCGUGUGGCUGAUCCUUCUGUUUCUCGAUGGCCAGUACUAUACCUGCGCGAAGACGGACUGGAAGGGCAGGUUUGUUAUUGUUGAUAAAGCUGGCCCGCAGAAAUGGUGCGAGCCCACAGGCGACGACAACGUCACACAGAAGCAGGAGCUGAUGGAGCACUCUCAGGAAUUAUUUGUUCUCUCUCAGGUUAUAGGCAUAGCUCUGCUCAUGUUUAUUUGUGUGGGACUCAUCGUGUACGUGAUCCAACAAAGCUGCAUGCAAGAAGAAGUAAACCAGGAUGCAGACAGUUACGAGAUGACGUGAAUUGUCUUGCUGCAUUUCAUCUUUGCCUAUUAAGUCAUAUUUGGAGGUUUUCUUUAUCACUGCUGUAAUAAUGUAUGUAUUAUGUGUAAUGUAUUAUGUAUCAUCACUGUUUUGUAAAUGUGCCUUGUAAUUUCUUAAGGGAACCUUUUCUCUUUUUUAUGAACAAGUCUGCUCUGACUUUUAAUGGACUGAUUUAAUGGAUUUUACUUCAGAAUGAUUGUAAUUUAUACAAGUAUGUUAAAUGAUUACAUAUUUAAAACACCCUUUUACUUUCUAGCAAAGCCAGAGUAUACUGUAUUGGCUUUGUGAAUUUUGUGUCUGAAUAAUGGAUGAAAAAACUUGAAAUAUAUCUCAUUAUUGUACUAAGGUGCAUCUGAUUCCCUUGAUUGGGGUAUUGAAGAGUCACUACCAAAUAAAAAGUGCCUGUCUUGA